AAGUGACGACACCAGCGAAGCCUUUUGGGCGGGGCUUGGGCUGGCUGCUCCAAAGGCUGGGAUUUCACAUCGGAAACAAAACAGCGGCUGCUGGGGAAGGGACCUGGGCUGCGAGAGGUGGCGGCUGCUACGAGAAAGAACCUAAUCCGGGAGCCUGCAAGUAAGAGCAACCUGUGAAGUUCUUAAAAAGCUUGGCCUGGAGGAGAACACAUGAAAGAAAGAACCCCAAGAGGCUCUGAUUUCUGUGAAAAAGUAUUUCUAUACGGUUGUUCCAAUGAACAGAGUUACCUGCACCCUUGUCCUACUUCCAGAAUGCCCAGAUGUCCGAGGACAACCACCUGAGCAAUACUGUACGUAGCCAGAAUGACAGUAGAGAGCGGCAUGAGCACAGCAUUGAGAGGCGGAGGCGUGGCAACUCUGAGUCGUUAUCCAAUGGCGGAGCCCAGGGAAACUCACGCCAGGUGGUGGAACAAGAAGAAGAGGAAGACGAGGAGCUGACGUUGAAAUAUGGCGCCAAACAUGUGAUCAUGCUCUUUGUCCCUGUGACUCUCUGUAUGGUGGUGGUUGUGGCCACCAUCAAAUCAGUCAGCUUUUAUACCCGGAAGGAUGGGCAGCUGAUCUAUACUCCAUUUACAGAAGACACUGAGACUGUAGGGCAGAGAGCCCUGCACUCAAUUCUGAAUGCUGCUAUCAUGAUUAGCGUCAUUGUCGUCAUGACUAUUCUCCUGGUAGUUCUCUAUAAAUACAGGUGCUAUAAGGUCAUCCAUGCCUGGCUUAUUAUUUCAUCCCUAUUGUUGCUGUUCUUUUUCUCAUUCAUUUACUUGGGGGAAGUGUUUAAAACCUAUAACGUUGCCAUGGAUUACAUUACGGUGGCACUCCUGAUCUGGAAUUUUGGUGUGGUAGGAAUGAUUGCCAUUCACUGGAAAGGCCCAUUGCGACUCCAGCAGGCAUAUCUCAUUAUGAUCAGUGCCCUCAUGGCCUUGGUGUUUAUCAAGUACCUCCCGGAAUGGACCGCGUGGCUCAUCUUGGCUGUGAUUUCAGUAUACGAUUUAGUGGCUGUUUUGUGUCCAAAUGGCCCACUUCGUUUGCUGGUUGAAACAGCUCAGGAGAGAAAUGAAACUCUCUUUCCAGCUCUUAUUUACUCGUCAACUAUGGUGUGGUUGGUGAAUAUGGCAGAAGGAGACCCAGAAGCCCAAAGGAAGGUAUCCAAAAACUCCAAUUAUAAUGCACAAAGCACAGGUGAAUCACAAGACUCUGUGACAGAGAGUGAUGAUGGUGGCUUCAGUGAAGAGUGGGAAGCCCAGAGGGACAGUCGCCUGGGACCUCAUCACUCUACAGCUGAGUCACGAUCUGCUGUACAGGAUCUUUCCAGAAGCAUCCCAGCCACUGAGGACCCAGAAGAAAGGGGAGUAAAACUUGGAUUAGGAGAUUUCAUUUUCUACAGUGUUCUGGUUGGUAAAGCUUCUGCAACAGCCAGUGGAGACUGGAACACAACCAUCGCCUGUUUUGUAGCCAUAUUAAUUGGUUUGUGCCUUACAUUACUGCUCCUCGCCAUUUUCAAGAAAGCAUUGCCAGCUCUUCCAAUCUCUAUCACCUUUGGGCUUGUUUUCUACUUUGCCACAGAUUAUCUUGUGCAACCCUUUAUGGACCAAUUAGCAUUCCAUCAAUUUUAUAUCUAGCAUAUUUCCAGUUAGAAUCUCAUGGAUUUUUCUCCUUUGGCUAUAAUAAAAUCUGGGGAAGGCAAAGGUGAUUUUGCUGUGUCCACAUCUAACAAAGUCAGGAUUCCCAGCUGGACCUUUUUGCAGCUUCCUUCCAAGUCUUCCUGACCACCUGCACUUUUGGGCAUUGGAAGGAGGUGUCUACAGAGUGUGGUUUUGAACAUAUGUCGUUGUGAUGGACUGAGUCCCUCAGUGCAAAAACUACCAGAUUUGAGGGACAAGGACAAGGACAAGUGAUGGGCCAAAAAGUCGCUGUGCUCCCACCAGCAGUUUGACCACUGGUCACAGGUGGAUUUUACCAACGCUGCAGACUCUCAGGACUAUCAUUACCAAGAGCUUAAAUGAAACGGUUUAAACCAAACAGGACUCUUCAUCUUAAACUACAUGGUGAAAGUCAACCUAAUAAAACCUGUAUGGAAUUCUGAACCUUCUCGGGAGAUCCUAUAAGGAGAGCAGGCACCAGCAGCAAAGUGGAAAGAUGGAAAGGGGCUCAGACUUUCACUUUCAGACUUUCUUGCUGCAGACUUAACCAUUUUUAAAUAAGACUUUCUUCUUCCCCCUGAGUCAAGUCAGAUGUAUAGGUUGAUUUUGACAGUUCUUAUUCUCAAGCACUGAAACUCAUUGCCACCUAUGGUGCCAUUUCUUCGCAAGGCCAGUCUGAACUUACCUGAGGUUGCUUCUUCUUUAAAAGUCUUGACCUCAGGUUCCAAAUUCAGUAACUUCUGGAAAUAAUGGAACAUAAUGAUUCUCUACCACCCGUAGGUAAAUUCCGGGUUUCCCACCGAAUUCCUAAUUUGUAGGCAUACCUGUAGGUUCACUUGCCCCCAUGUGCCUCUCUUGUUCCCUCUCUCUCCCUUCACUCCCCUCCAAGGCACUUCUGUACAGUGAAUAUGGCAGCUCUGUUGUGGGAGCAGACGGUCCAGUUAUUCUAGGAUUUUGCUCUUUGUGUGGUACAGAGAACAUGUCAUGAACCAGUGCUCUUGGCCUUGCUGUUGCCAUUUCUUCAACAGCAAAUACAAUGUGUGCCCAAAGACAGUAGAAUUAAAGAAGAGUAAAAUGGCUGUUGAAGCA